AUGAGAAUAAACCGUAACAAAAGAGCCCAGAAGAAUCUUGCCUUCUAUCUUCGACACUUCCAGCUGGGAGAGAGACAGAGGUAUUUCGUCCUGGUCGAUGGAACUUUCUGUCAAGCGGCGCUGAAACAUAGAGUCAAUAUAAAGGAACAAAUCGACAAAUACUUUCGAUGUGACGUCACUCUGUGUACAACCGCCUGUGCCGUGUUGGAAACUCAGAAGCUGACUAUACUACAUGGUGCCUUGCAAAUUCUGAAGCACUACAAAGUCGAGAAAUGUGCUCACAGUAAACCGGUCGCCGCUUCCCAGUGCUUAUUAGAGAAAGUUCGAGACGGAAACCCCGGGAACUAUUUUGUGGCUACUCAGGACUCCGAACUGGCGGCUGAGGUCCACAAACUGGUCGGUGUGCCUCGACUGAAGCUAUAUAAUGCGAUCACACUGGAAGAUCCUUCCGAAGCCUCAACGCAGCAUGUACAGAAAAUUAGUCGUGCGGCCACCGACCUCACAGGCGAACAGAGGAAGACGAUUGCCCUCCUGAAGAAGAAGAUGAACAUUGAGGAGACCGGGCCAAAAGUGAAGCGUUUAAAGAAGAAGCUCAAAGGACCGAACCCGUUGUCCUGUCUGCCGAAGAAGAAAAAAGGCAUCCAUGGGAAGAAUGAGGAGCCGGCAAGCACACAAUUGAGUCGGGCAGCUCGACGGAAAGCUCGGCUCAAGAAAUUGAAAAAUAUCCUCGAAGUUCCAGGAAAUUCGACGUAAUAAAUGGUAAUUGAAGUUUCCCUCCCCGUUGU